AUGGAGGACUUCCCCUGGGAGAACCACAGCUCUGUGUCUGAGUUCACACUUCUGGGCUUCUCCAGGGAUUCCCAAAUUAAUGCAAUCCUCUUCAAUAUCUUCAUCUUUCUCUACCUCUCCACACCUGUGGGCAAUGGGCUCAUUGCCACCUUGAUCUGCCUUGACUCCUGCCUCCACACACCCAUGUAUUUCUUCCUCAGUGUCCUCUCCAUGCUAGGUCUCCAAAGCUAUGUCACCACCACUGUGCCCCAGAUGUUGGUGCAUCUGGUCUGCCGGAAGAAAACUAUCUCCUAUGUUGGGUGUGUAGCACAGAUGUACAUCUUUCUAGUGUUAGGCAUCACUGAGGGCUGGCUGUUCUCUGUCAUGGCCUAUGAUAGAUAUGUGGCCAUCUGCUACCCACUUAGGUACAAGGUUAUCGUGAGCCCAUGGCUGUGUGGGGCAAUGGUGGUCUUUUGUGGACUGUGGGGUGGCAGCUGUUCCCUAGUCUAUACUGUCUUCACAAUGCACCUGCCCUACUGUGGCCCCAAUGAGAUCAAUCACUUCUUCUGUGAGGUCCCUGCUGUUCUGAGGCUGGCCUGUGCAGACACAUCCCUCAAUGACCGAGUAGAUUUCAUUCUGGGCUUCAUCCUUCUCCUGGUACCCCUUUCCUUCAUUCUGGCCUCUUAUGUCCGUAUCUUUGCCACCAUCUUGAGAAUCUGCUCAGCUCAGGGUAGACUCAAGGCCUUCUCCACCUGUGCCUCCCACAUCACCGUGGCUACCAUGUUCUGUGGACCUGCCAUGUUUAUGUACAUGAACCCUGGGGCCAAUGCCUCCCCACAGCGGGACAAGAAACUGGCCCUGUUCUACAAUGUUAUCUCUGCCUUUCUCAACCCCAUCAUCUACAGAUUCAGAAACAAAGAUGUGAAGAGGGCUUUCCUUAAGUUAACAGGCUGGGGUAGGGCCCCUGAAUGA